AUUACAAUUCGCGGUUUAAAAAGACGCUAGUCGUAAGUGUUGAACACGCUUUAAGCUCCGUAGGGUGUUGUUUUCCUACUACUGUAACUGAUAUCCGGCCAAAAAACAGCUCAUACGAAAUAAUUAGAAUUGUAUACCUGAUCUUUUAACUGUUGUCUUCCUGGAUACCGAUCUCCCGUUCCGAACUUGCGGUGCUCAAACGGUACGUUCGAGCAAUUUUUACUGAUGGAAGACGACAUUCUGCGUCUCACUAAAAAAUAUAUUGGAGAUUCGCACGUUAAAAGGUGUCAGGAGAGAUCAAUUAAAAAGAAAAAGAAGCUCAUCGCCGUACUAGAUCAGGGACGACUUCCAGAUGUAGGCUUUUCUGAAGCCGAUAUUGAAGCAUUAUUUCUCCAAAUAUCAUCUUUGGAUUCUAAUAACUGGGAGAAUUCUGUGGGUGUUGGAGAACGAGAAGGACGAGUACUUGUGAAUUUUAUUCGUCGUCGUCAUUAUGGGUUUACACAUGGUAUUGGACGUUCUGGUGAUAUAGCUGCUAUUCAACCAAAAGCUCCUGGUUCAAGUCUUAUUUGUCGACUAACUAAUCAAUUGUUACUUGAUUGGUUGAGAAAAUCAGGAUCACCAAGUACAUCUGCAUGCUUUCUUGUACCAAUGGCUACUGGAAUGUCAUUAACACUAUGUUUACUGGCUAUGAAAAGACGUCGUUCAUAUCGAGCUAACUUUGUAUUAUGGUCACGUAUUGAUCAGAAGUCAUGUUUUAAAUGUAUGCUAGCUGCAGGAUUAAUACCUAUCCCUAUCGAAUUAGUCUCAGAUUCUUCAAAUGAUCAACUUUGUUCAAAUCUUGAUGCUUUAGAGAUAGCAUUAAAGAAUCCUGCUAAAUAUUUACUAGAUCAUUGGCCAGAUGCUGCAAAAGCUUAUAAUAUAGAUGAUAAAUCCAUAGAAAAUUCUACAUCUGAUGAUAUUGUAUGUAUUUUUACAACUACAAAUUGUUUUGCACCUAGAGUUCCAGAUAAACUACAUGCCAUUACUAAAUUGUGCAUUAAAUAUGGUGUAUCACAUUUAAUCAAUAAUGCUUAUGGUGUACAAUCACCUAGAUGUAUGCGUAUGAUUGAAUCAGCUGGAAAAUUGAUUAUUGAACAUAAUUUAAACACAUCAAAUUCAACUAAUCAACCAAUUGAUUUGUUAUAUGUACAAAGUACUGAUAAAAAUUUAAUGGUACCAGUUGGUGGAGCUGUAAUUGCUGGAUUUUCUACCGAUUUAGUUGAUUUUGUCGCUAAACUUUAUCCCGGUCGAGCUUCAGGAUCACCAACAUUGGAUGCAUUCGCAACAUUACUUUAUCUUGGUAAUAAAGGUUGGAAUGAUUUAAUUCAACAACAAUCUAUCUGUUUCAAACGAUUACAUAAUGGAUUAAAACAAUUAAGUGAAAAAUUUAAUUUAAAAUUAUUAGAUACUCCAUUAAAUCCUAUUUCAUUAGCAUUAAGUAUAGAAAAUCUUCUACCUAAAAUAGUUACUAUGCAAAAAAUAAAAAAUAAAAAUAAUAUCAUAGAAGAUAAUCAAAAAAGUGAAAUAUUUCAUCAAUUAACACAAAUUGGUGCUAAUCUUUUUACAAAAGGAUGUUCAGGUGUAAGAGUUAUUCUACCGUCAUCUAUGCAAAAUUCUAUUAAAUUAGAUCUAUAUGAAUUUUAUGGAUUUAAUUCACAUAGUUCUACAUCUAGGAUACCUUAUAUUAAUGCAGCUUCAUCAAUUGGACAACAUCAAUAUGAAAUUGAUAUAUUUAUUAAAAAACUUGAUAAAGUAUUACAAUAUUUUCAAUAUUAUAUUAUCAAUAAAUAUAAUAUUGAUUUAAUCAAUACUAUGACUACUAUAACUACAAUAAAUAAUGAUCAGGAUCAUGAUGAUGAUGAUGAUCAGGAUCAUGAUGAUGAUGAUAAUGAUCAUAUUUUAUCCAAAGAAUCAUUCAAGUUAAAUUCCCGCUUCAUCUAAUUUACAUUCAAUAUUCAAUUGUAUAAAUACUGUAUGUAUUUUGUGUUUUGUUUUUCUUUUUCGCGCCUUUUUUUUGUUGUUGGUUGUUUUAAAUGAUACAUGUUACUUUUGUUAUUUCUAUUAAUUAUCUUUAUGAUUUUGAUGUUUAGAGAUUUAUUGAUUUUCUAUUUUGUUAUUUUUGUUGUUGUUGUUGUUGUUG